AUGACGACGAUCGAAGUACAGAACAUCCUGUGCGAGCUCGAUUCAUCACGCAACACCAACUGCGGUGUCGGACGCUAUCAGAAGUACGACCCUUCCUUGCAAAUGGGCAAAUCAGGGAGCAGAACGAAGACGGAACUCCUCCCCCUUGAAUGUCGAAGAAGGGAAUCCCGAACCGGAGAAACCCGGCGAGCCCCGACGCGAUCCGAGCAGUGCGACCAACUACCUAAGCAACUUCGAGGGACGCUGAACAAGAUCCCUGUUCAUUCGGACCUGAACCAAGCCGUGUCGGCCCUGAGGCCACGGCUUAAAGUUGUUAACCCUAACAUCCGGUACCCACGGGGUGACUCCCUGGGCCACUUCCUGGUGUGGGUGUCCCUGAUCCCGGUCUUCAUCAGCUUUGGUGGGUUCAUCUCCCACUUCAUCUUCCGGCGGGAGCUGCAGGGCCUCUGCUUCGCCCUCGGCCUCAUUAUCUCCCAGGUCAUCAACGAGCUCAUCAAAUCCUCCAUCCAGCAGUCCCGCCCGUGCGCCGUCCUCGAGGUCUGCGACUCCCACGGUUGGCCCUCCAGCCACUCGCAGUUCAUAUUCUUCUUUUCGACCUACUUUUCCCUCCCCUGCCUCAUCAACGGCGUCGGCGUCUCCUCCCCCAGCUCUAGACGCAUCAUCGGCCUCCUCCCGUGGCCUUCCGCCUUCCUCACCCUCUACUCGCGCGUCUACCUCGGCUACCACACCGUCCCCCAGGUGCUCGCGGGAUCGACGCUGGGGCUGCUGCUCGGGGCCGGGUGGUACUCGAUCGUGGACACGAUGCUGGUGGACUUCUUUCCGGCAGUGGAGGAGAGCGCGAUCGGGAGAUUCCUGUACACCAAGGACUCGACGCACAUCCCGAACGUGCUCAAGUUCGAGUACGACAAUGCAAGGGCUGCCAGGAUUGAACGCACACCUGGCUUAUAUCAUUGGGUUGUGACAAUGACCCUUCGUUCUUCGUUCUACAACAUAAUGGAUUAA